UUAAUAAUCAUACAUUUUUAUUAAUUGUCGGUAACGUUAUCGUUCUUCAAUUAUCUCCGGGUCCCUUUGAUAGUCACGAAAAUUUGUUCAGGGUCAAUGGUCCUCAAUAGGUUGCGUUCAAUUCAACAGUUGAGUGAACGCUCGCCGUUAUCGAUGUAUUCUUCCAACUCUAAAAUACUGAUUGGAUGAUCUAAAAGAAUACACCAAUAACAGCGAGCGCUCACUCAACUGUUGAGUCCACUGAACGCAGCCAUAGUAUCUCGUCGGUGUCAUAUAUUACAUACUUCCAACUUUUCCCACCACGGCACUAAAAUCGCAUCUUUCCGAUUUUCUUAUGUUUUCCAAAGCCACGCUCGAGCCUGUUUUCGAGUUUGAUCUUCUUUUUACUCCACGUCAUAGAAUAGAACUUUUAUCAGUAUAUGUUUGAUCCAGUGAAUUAUAUAAUUUUUGUUAAUGAAUCUAGGCGAGGCAAUUGCCUUCGGAACACUGCGGGAAUCCGAAAAGAUUACCGCUUUAGAAUAGCUGGUAUUGCCUCUAACGUAUGUCACAAGCAGAUACGAUGAAACGUGUUUGCCACAUGGAGUGGGGAAACUCGUUCGCCAGGCGGAGAGGAGAAGGAAACUCGUUCGCCAGGCAGUAAAGUGGGGGAAGCUGUUUUUUGAUGGGGUGGGGAACACGUCUGGCGUUGGAGGGGGAAAGAACGUCGAGGGCGAGUAAAGUAAAGAGAAGGGCUGCACAUGAAGCGGCCUGAAGUGAACGAGGAGCAAGUCCGUGGCCGCUGAGCUGAGGCAUUGGCGCAGAUUGGCGCAGAUCUCGGUUUGAUUCACGCCGGGUUCACGCGGAAAGAGAGGAACGCGAAUUCUUCAACGGACGUAGAGCGAAGCGUGUACGCACGCGCCGCUGAUGUGCGUUUGCUCUUUCAGAGUACAUUCGAAUAUAUCGGGAGAAAAGGAGAAAAAUUUCCGCAGGAAACUGUGCGCGAGUGUACGGGAGAGAAAUUUCGAAGUGCGUUUGGCCUUUUUUUCUUGUGGAUUUUUCUGGUGAUUCACGGUGCCAAGGUGGUUCGUUCCCUGGUACCGAUCGAAGAGCCGCCGCUCAGAUUUCGGAUAACUCGCACACGCGCUCACAAGGCAGGAAGGGGCGCAGUAUGUGCCCGGCGCCGGGCCCAGCGCCGCACCCCAAGAAAGGAUCCGUAGUCUCGAACACGCCCCCACAUAUCCACCACCGAGAGUCGACAGAUACAGGGGUGGUGCGCAGAUACAGAAGAGAAUGACUCAGAGGGAAGACGUUCUCAAGUUCGAGCAGGGCCGCAUUAAGGCCCUGCAAGAAGAACGUCUUCACAUCCAGAAGAAGACGUUCACGAAAUGGAUCAAUUCGUUUCUUCUGAAGGCGCGCAUGGAGGUGGACGAUCUAUUCACCGAUCUGGCAGAUGGCAAAAAACUACUGAAACUAUUGGAGAUCAUCUCUGGCGAGCGAUUGGCCAAACCCAACAACGGGCGCAUGCGAGUUCACAAAAUCGAGAACGUGAACAAGUCCUUGGCGUUUCUCCAUACCAAGGUUCGCCUUGAGAGUAUUGGUGCAGAAGAUAUCGUAGAUGGUAAUCCCAGACUGAUCCUCGGUCUCAUCUGGACCAUAAUUUUGAGGUUCCAAAUCCAAGAGAUCGAAAUCGAUGUAGACGAAGAGAACGACAGUAGCGAGAAGAAGUCUGCCAAAGAUGCUCUGUUACUGUGGUGUCAGAGAAAGACAAAUGGCUAUCCCGGCGUUAACAUCCAGGACUUUACUGGUUCCUGGAGGAAUGGACUCGGUUUCAACGCUCUCAUACAUGCUCACAGACCGGACUUGGUCAAUUGGUCGGAAUUACAGCAAAAUAAGAACAUCGAUAAUCUCAAUUAUGCCUUUGACGUUGCUAAUUCAGAACUCGGCAUACCACGACUACUGGACGCAGAAGACGUGGAUACAGCCAGGCCAGACGAGAAAUCCAUUAUCACCUAUGUUGCAUCUUAUUAUCACACAUUCGCCAGGAUGAAGAACGAAAUAAAGAGCGGCAAAAGAAUAGCAAAUAUUGUUGGCCAGAUGAUGGACGCCGACAAGAUGAAAAUUCAUUACGAAAAGUUAACAACUGACCUGUUGGAAUGGAUCAAAAUGAAAAUCGAGGUUUUGGAAAAUCGCAGCUUCCCAAACUCACUCGAAGGUAUUCAACGGGAACUUUUAGCCUUCAAGCAAUACCGAACAGUGGAGAAACCACCGAAGUACAAGGAACGGUCCGAGAUAGAAGCAUUAUAUUUCCACAUAAAUACCCGAUUAAAGUCUCUGAAUCAGCCAGCGUUUACCCCACAGGAGGGUCAGCUGAUCCAUGACAUCGAGAGAAAUUGGGUAGAGUUGGAGAGAGCGGAGCAUCGCCGUGAAGUCGCCCUGAGGACUGAGUUGUUACGACAAGAGAGGCUCGAGCAAUUGAAUUACAAAUUUGAAAGAAAAAGUGUACUCCGAGAAGGUUACUUGAAAGAAAUGAUUCAGGUCCUGACGGAUCCCCGAUAUGGCAGCAAUCUAGCACAAGUAGAUGCCACAGUGAAAAAGCACGAGGCCAUCAGUGCCGAUAUUUUGGCACGCGAAGAGCGCUUCCAUGACUUAACAAACAUGUCCGAAGAAUUAGUGCGGGAAAAUUAUCAUGGUUUAGAAAGAGUACGCAGCAGAGAGCAAGAGGUUUUGCAGAGAUGGAAAGAAUUGCUGGCUUUGCUGGACAAUCACAAAUCCAAUCUGGUCGCGCUCAGCUCGCUAAUGACCUUAAUGAGAGAAAUCGAUACAACGUUGGCUUCCAUCCAAGAGCUUCAGCUGAACUUCCAGAGCACUGAUGUGGGUCCGCACUUACUCGGAGUCGAAGAUCUGCUGCAAAAACACAGCCUGCAGGAACUGCAGGUGACGGCUCUAGGUGAGAGUCAGAGACGACUUGGUAGACAGGCCACUCAACACUUGGCACAGCCGCAAAAUAAGGAGGCACCAUUGUUGCAGCAGAAACUGGAGUUACUAAAUCGCGCCUACGAUGAACUUGUAGAAAACAGUAAAGAGCGUAAAGCUCGUCUAGAGGACGCCAGAAAUUUCUUCCACUUUCUUCAAGAUCAUGAGGACGAAGAGUCGUGGUUGGUAGAGAAACAGCGAAUAUGUAAGGCUGGCAUUUCCGCGAAAGAUUUGCGAGCCGUAAUAUCGCUGCAGCAGAAACAUAAAGCCUUGCAAGACGAAACGAAAGUGCGCAGGCCUAAAUCCGAGCAACUUUGCGAUGCCGGCAGAAAACUGAUAGCUGACAAUCAUCCAUCGGCAUUGGAGAUACAAAAUCGAAUAGAUUCGUUGCAGGAACAUUGGAGAGUCUUGGAGGAAUUAGCGGCAUUGCGAAAGAAACAGCUGGACGACGCAGCUGAAGCGUUCCAAUUUUACGCCGAUGCGAAUGAGGCGGAUUCGUGGAUGAACGAGAAAAUGGCUCUAGUAGCCUCGGAAGAUUAUGGAGUGGACGAACCAAGCGCUCAAGCUUUGUUGCAAAGGCAUAAAGAUUUGGAGGGUGAGCUAAACGCCUACAAAGGUGAUGUACAGUCCUUAAACACACAGGCGGAGAAACUCAUUAAAUCCGGCAUCUCCACCCUGGAGUUGUCUGCAGAUCCAGAACCAGUCGCCGAACUUGAGCAGGAAGAAUGGAGCAAGGAGAUUAGAUUGGUGCCGCAAGACGAGUGGGUAGACGAAGUAGUUGAACGACUCGAGCCACGAACUAUUAAUGAGGAUAGAUUGGUACCACAAGUGAAGAGUUUAUAUCCGUUUAACGGUCAGGGCAUGCAUAUGGUGAAGGGUGAAGUCAUGUUCCUGUUGAACAAAACAAAUCCUGACUGGUGGAGUGUUAGGAAAGCUGACGGUACGGACGGAUUUGUGCCGGCUAAUUACGUGCGUGAGAUCGAGCCAAAGGUCGUGCAAGUACAAGUACGUAGACCUGAGAAGAUCAAAGUGACACAGCGCGUAAAGAAAACGAAGAUGGUAAAGCAGGUGGUACCAGUCCGGCGAUUAAAAUCCAUUAAGUCUACCGUAAAGCCAAUCAAGCGAAAGACGGUGAGUGACGGUGAUAGCGUGGAAAAGCGACAGAAAAAAAUCAAUGAGACUUACAGCGAGUUACAGAAUCUUGCUGUAAAACGUCAUGCGUUGCUGGAGGACGCCAUCAGGCUUUAUGGCUUCUACCGGGAAUGCGACGACUUUGAAAAGUGGAUCAAAGACAAAGAGAAGAUGUUAAGAGUCGACGAUCCUCGCGAUAACGUUGAGUCGGCAAGGAGAAAAUAUGAGAAAUUUUUAACGGAUCUGUCGGCUUCCGGAAAACGGGUGGAGGCAAUAGACACAGCGGUAGAGGAAUUUGUUCGCCAAGGCCACAGUCAGCUAGAUAAAGUCAAGGCCAGACAGAGGCAUAUUCAUCAGUUAUGGGAUCAUCUAAACUGGCUGAAAACACAAAAAGAAAAGAGCUUGGAGGGCGCGUCCAGUGUUGAGUUAUUUAACAGAACUUGCGACGAAGCUCACGAUUGGAUGCUGGAAAAAAUCACUCAACUAGACACGGCCGAGUUGGGACCUGACUUGAAAACUGUUCAGGCUCUGCAAAGGAGACAUCAGCAUUUGGAACGGGAAUUGGCACCAGUUGAAGAAAAAGUACGGAAAGUGAAUUUAUUAGGCAACAGCGUUAAGAAUUCGUAUCCACACGAAUGUAACAAUGUCAAUGGG